CAAUUUCACCAUUUAAGUACCUACCAUCUGAAGAUGGUCCUCUCUGCUAUUGACUUUUGACAGAAGGAAAUUGGGGAGUGGAACGUCUCGUAUUUUUGAGUGUUGAGGAUCAUGAAAUUUCAAAUACAUAUAAUUGUUCAAUACAAUUUUCUCCUCCUAUUGGACAUCGAAACUAAACGUUUCAAUUAAAUAUUUCGAAUUUUUGCCCAGCAAUAGCAUCUACGGUUUGAAUGUCUUUUCUCAUUUGAAGAGUGAUGAAAUUUGUCAGUGGAUCAACGUGAUAUGAUGAAGAUCAAUUUAAUUUUUUAAUUGAUAAAGCAGCCCAUUCAAAAUCGAAGAAUUUGAGUGAAUCAAGUGCAUCUUAUCAUCCCAGUUAUCACUAUAACAUAAGAAUACUUACACAAAGCUUGAAAAUUAACACACACUUCUACAUAUCUUUCAUGGCUCCUACUUAGCAGAAUUUAACAAUUUUUAAUUCAUGGUUGUUUCAGUCGUUCGGAUUUUAGGUUAGGUUAGAAAAGAAAUAGUGGAAAAUAUAUUAUCUGGUUGAAUAUCGGUCGUAGCUGUUAAUUGAAUGAAUAAUAAGUGAGGUUAGGUUACAUUGAAAAUAUUUCUCUGAUAUAUAAGGAUUCUGAAUCUCUGGAUGAAUCAUUAUAAGUCACUACGUUUCAUUAAAGAAAAGUAUCCGCCAUUUCAUUCAUUAUUAAUAUAGAGCAGAAAUGCGCUGUUGCAACAGCCCCCCUGCCGUCGGGAAAUCUAAGCGCCGCACACUUGACCGCUUUUUAUUUUGGAAAUUGGCGCGUCCGAUCGUCACGAAAAACCGUCGUCGCUAUUCACCCACCUUAUUUUAACAUCGCGUCUCGGCACACAUCCCAACGUGUGUGUGUGUAGAGGGAGAGAGUUAUGAGAACGCUAGACUCGCGAGCUCUUUAAAAUCGGAUAUUUUUAGUGCGUUAGUAUUUGGCAGGCUCAUGUGGCGUUUGGUCGAUUUUUCGAUUUGAUAAUUGCGUUGUCGUCGUCCAGUUUGUGUGUGUGUGGUGACGAGUGUCUGUGCGCCCUUCCACCCUGCGGCUAUGCCGAGCCCCGAUGUCGUCCGGUCCUGACUUUGCGUCCUUCCGCUCGUACCGUCCUUCGGACGGUAGAAUCCGCGGCGGCUACGACGGCCAGAAGUCGUGGACCCCGCGUUCUAAUAAUAACAACAACAACGGCCUUAGCGAAUUUCGCACGAACCCGAACAAUCGCCGUGCAGAUGAGUACAUGGCGAACAAUGCGCAUCAGAGCAGCGGCAGCAACAAUGCCGCGGCCGCUAGAAGAACGAGAUACUCCCGUUCGUCGACGACGAGCGUGGCUCAGCUACUGAGCGAAUCGUGCACCAGCCUUUUGCAGAAGUUGACGACGCGUGUGCGCGGUCCCUCGGCGUCCGCGGACGCCGCCGCCUCCGGCAGCAACGACGCGAAGAACGGCGGCUACCCGCCGAACCCUUUCCUCGGCGGUCACCCUUUAUCCGCCAGCAAGAGCACGACCCAAGUGCCGAACUUCGGACAUACCAGGACGCGUCUGGAGGAUAAGUAUUCCUCCGUCCUGGACAGGAUCUACAACAGCAAGAAGAGGUAUUCGGAGAAGCCCGACGGACCGGUGAGCGGUAGGACGUUGAGCAAGAGCUCGACCACCGCCAACGUCCUGCUGUCGGAGAAGGCCUACCCGUACGUCAGCAAGGUGCAGAGGGAGAAGACGCCUUAUCGCGGGGAAUCCCGCAACGCCCAUCAGAACAACCAGUGGCGGCAGCAGCAGUACCCGGAACCGCCGUACUCUUAUCUGGACCGCGAUACGGCGUAUCGCGUACGCCACAGAUCCAAUCAUUCCGAGCUCAGGCCGAGGAAGUCGUCAAGGCCGCACCGGAGCGGCGUCAGCGAGGCCGGCGAGCGGAAGAACUCCGCCAAUUUGAAAUUGUGCCCGGUGGAGAUACCCCUGGAGAAACCGGCGCCCGUUCACGCCGCCCCCAAGCCGGUCGAGGACGUCCAGACGCAGGACGGCUGCUCGUCGGGCGCGCUCUCCGAAAGGGAGGCCAAGAGGAAGGAGAUACAGAGCCUGAUCAAGAAGUACUCCGCUUUGGACGACUUCUAUAACCGUCUGGAGCCGCAACCUGCCGCCGCGCCGAGCCAGAAGAAGAACUCGCUGGGUCCGGCCUUCGUUCAGGGAGGUACGACGACCACGGCCACGUCGGUGGCUCAGAAAUAUUACCAUCAUAAGUUGUCCACGACAUCGGUUAGCUCACGAGCACCCUCUAUUGAAGAUGACGAGGAAGGUCACCUCAUUUACAGAACGGGAGACAUCCUACAAGAACGAUACAAAAUUCUUGGGACCCUGGGCGAAGGCACCUUCGGCAAAGUCGUCAAAGUGAAAGAUGUAGACAGAGAUCACUAUAUUGCCUUGAAGAUUAUAAAAAAUGUAGAGAAGUAUAGAGAAGCAGCUAAAUUAGAAAUAAACGUUCUUGAAGAACUGGCUGAAAAGGACCCUGAUGCUGUACAUUUAUGUGUUAAAAUGUUGGACUGGUUCAACUUCCAUGGACAUAUGUGCAUAGCUUUCGAAAUGUUGGGGCUUAGUGUAUUCGAUUUUUUGAAAGACAACAAUUACCAACCAUACCCACUGGAACAGGUUCGGCACAUUGGCUAUCAAUUGUGUUUUUCAGUGAAGUUUCUACAUGAUAACAAAUUGACACACACUGAUCUCAAACCAGAAAAUAUAUUAUUUGUGGAUUCAGAUUAUGAACUCGUAUUCAAUAACAAAAAAAUAAGACAAGACGAUAAGAAAAGACAAGUGAAAAAAGUACUGAGUACAGACGUUAGGUUGAUAGAUUUCGGAAGUGCAACAUUUGAUCACGAGCAUCACAGUACUAUAGUUUCAACUCGUCAUUACAGAGCGCCUGAAGUGAUAUUAGAGUUAGGAUGGUCACAGCCCUGUGAUGUUUGGUCAAUUGGCUGCAUUUUAUUCGAAUUAUAUCUUGGGAUAACGUUAUUCCAAACGCAUGACAAUAGGGAGCAUCUGGCUAUGAUGCAACGUAUUUUAGGCGAAAUUCCAGUGAGAAUGGCCAGAACGACGAAGACUAAAUAUUUCUACAAAGGAAAAUUGGAAUGGGACGAGAAGAGUUCGGCAGGUCGUUAUGUGAGGGACAACUGCAAACCUCUUAUGAGAUACAAACAAAGUGAUGACCCCGAACACAACCAGCUAUUCGAUUUGAUUUUCAAAAUGCUGGAAUAUGAACCUUCCCAAAGGAUAACCCUCAGACAAGCCUUAUCCCACCCAUUCUUUGACAAAAUUCCGCCACAUCAGAAACUAGAGGAACCGGGAUCUGGAGAUCGGCAGAGGAGUUAAACAAUAUAGGUCUUUGUUAAUUAAUUUUCAACUUUUUAAAUUGUCCAAAGUUCACAAUUUUUCUGAAAUAAUUUUUAUUUGUUCUCAAGAUAAAUUCAGAAGCUGAUGUUUUCAAUGUAUACAAUGUGAUUUGAUUUGAAAGGUUGACGUUUCUACCUUCGUUUUGUACUUAUUUAGUAAAUGAUUUUUAUCAUCCAAGUCUGGUAAAAUUUACUAGAGUAUGAAAUAAUUUGUAUAUAUUAUAUUCCAUAUUCUCUACAGUGUAACUAGUUAUUGAAAAAUCUAUUAUAAGGUUGAUUGAUUUCUUGAUAUUGUAAUUAUGAAGUGUUCAUUGAAUCGAACUUUUGAAUUACUAUGUAUAUAAAGUUGAAAAAAUAAAUUUUAGUUUCUAAA